CGGCGCGGCGGGGCGGGGCAGGGGGCGGGGGGGGCGCGGGCAGCGCAGGCAGCGCAGCCACCAAGAUGGCGACAACCGCAGUUCCUCCUGCAGCUCCCCCACCUCCGCAGUCCAGCAACGCCUUGCGGGAGACGCGCUAAGUGCAGCGGCCACAAGCUGACCUGUCCGGGGAGCGCCACCACUAAAGAAGCUGCUGCAGGAUGAAAAGAUGGCAGCGCGGCUGCUCGCACCACCAGGCCCCGAUAGUUUUAAACCCUUCACUCCGGAAUCUCUGGCUAACAUCGAGAAACACAUCGCGGAGCUAAAAAAGAAGCAGCGCCCAAAGCAAGACAGCAGCCACCGCGACGACGAUGAAGACAGCAAACCAAAACCAAACAGUGACCUCGAGGCGGGGAAGAAUUUGCCUUUCAUCUACGGGGACAUCCCCAAAGGCCUGGUUGCUGUUCCGCUGGAGGACUUUGACCCUUAUUACAUGACCCAGAAAACCUUUGUAGUCCUAAACAGAGGGAAAACACUCUUCCGAUUUAGUGCCACACCUGCCUUGUACAUUUUAAGUCCUUUUAAUCUGUUUAGAAGAAUAGCUAUUAAAAUUUUGAUACAUUCAGUAUUUAGCAUGAUCAUUAUGUGCACUAUUUUGACCAACUGUGUAUUCAUGACUUUUAGUAACCCACCCGAAUGGUCCAAGAAUGUGGAAUACACGUUCACCGGGAUUUACACGUUUGAAUCGCUCGUGAAGAUCAUCGCGCGCGGUUUCUGUAUAGACGGCUUCACCUUCCUGCGCGACCCGUGGAACUGGCUGGAUUUCAGCGUCAUCAUGAUGGCGUAUAUAACAGAGUUUGUAAACCUAGGCAAUGUUUCAGCUCUGCGCACUUUCAGGGUUCUGAGAGCUUUGAAAACUAUUUCUGUAAUCCCAGGCCUGAAGACCAUUGUGGGCGCCCUGAUCCAGUCUGUGAAGAAGCUGUCGGACGUCAUGAUCCUCACGGUGUUCUGCCUCAGCGUCUUCGCGCUCAUCGGCCUGCAGCUCUUCAUGGGCAAUCUGAGGAACAAGUGCGUGAUCUGGCCGAUUAACGUCAACGAGACUUUCCUGGAUAACGGCUCGAAGGGCUUCGACUGGGAGGAAUACACCAACAAUAUGUCAAAUUUUUACAUCAUUCCCGGCGCCCCUGAUCCUUUGCUCUGUGGUAACAGCUCAGACGCAGGCCAAUGUCCGGAGGGCUACACGUGCAUGAAAGCGGGACGGAACCCCAACUACGGUUACACAAGCUUCGACACCUUCAGCUGGGCUUUCCUGGCUUUAUUUCGCCUUAUGACUCAGGACUUUUGGGAAAACUUGUAUCAAUUAACCUUACGAGCAGCAGGAAAAACCUACAUGAUCUUCUUUGUCCUGGUGAUCUUCGUGGGCUCGUUCUACCUGGUCAAUCUGAUUUUGGCUGUGGUGGCCAUGGCUUACGAGGAGCAGAACCAGGCCACGCUGGAGGAGGCCGAGCAGAAGGAGGCGGAAUUCAAGGCCAUGUUAGAGCAACUGAAAAAGCAGCAGGAAGAACAGGCGGCUGCCAUGGUCACUUCGGCAGGGACGGUGUCUGAAGAUGCGGUGGAGGAUGACGGAGGGGGGAGGAUGUCGCGGAGCUCCUCGGAGAUCUCCAAACUCAGUUCCAAGAGCGCCAAGGAGCGUCGGAACAGGAGGAAGAAACGAAAGGACAAGGAGCUGUCGGAAGGAGAUGAGAAGUGUGACAAUGAGAAGGUGUUCAAGUCUGAGUCUGAGGACGGCAUGAGGAGGAAAGCGUUCCGGCUCCCGGAUAACAGGCUGGGAAGGAAAUUUUCCAUCAUGAACCAGUCUCUCCUCAGCAUCCCAGGCUCCCCUUUUCUCUCCCGACACAACAGCAAGAGCAGCAUCUUCAGCUACAAAGGCCGAUUCUGUGACCCGGUCUCGGAGAACGAGUUUGCGGACGACGAGCACAGCACGGUGGAGGAGAGCGAAGGCCGCAGGGAUUCCCUCUUCAUCCCCAUCCGUGGCCGGGACCGCAGGAGCAGCUACAGCGGCUACAGUGGCUACAGCCAAGGCAGCCGCUCCUCGCGGAUCUUCCCCAACCUGCGGCGGAACGUGAAGAGGAACAGCACGGUGGACUGUAACGGCGUGGUGUCCCUCAUCGGCGGCCCGCCGUCCAGCAUGCCCGGGGGACGCCUCCUGCCUGAGGGUACAACUGAGAUCGAGAUUAGAAAGAAACCCGGCGGGUCUCUCUUGGUCUCGAUGGAUCAGGUGAACGCGUCCUAUGGAAGGAAGGACCGAACCAACAGCGUGAUGACCGGCUUGACCAACACCCUUGUUGAGGAGCUGGAGGAGUCCCAGCGCAAGUGUCCCCCUUGCUGGUACAAAUUUGCCAACACGUUCUUGAUCUGGGAAUGCCACCCGUACUGGAUCAAGCUGAAGGAGAUAGUGAACUUAAUUGUCAUGGAUCCUUUUGUUGACUUGGCCAUCACCAUCUGUAUUGUGCUGAACACGUUGUUCAUGGCCAUGGAGCACCAUCCUAUGACCCCGGAGUUUGAACACGUGCUCUCCGUAGGAAAUCUGGUUUUCACUGGAAUUUUCACAGCAGAAAUGUUCCUGAAGCUCAUUGCCAUGGAUCCCUACUAUUAUUUCCAGGAAGGCUGGAACAUCUUUGAUGGCUUUAUUGUCUCCCUCAGUUUAAUGGAGCUGAGUCUAGCAGACGUGGAAGGACUUUCUGUGCUGCGAUCUUUCCGAUUGCUGAGAGUCUUCAAACUGGCCAAGUCCUGGCCCACUCUGAACAUGCUGAUCAAAAUCAUCGGUAACUCAGUGGGCGCUUUGGGGAACUUGACCUUGGUGCUGGCCAUCAUCGUCUUCAUCUUCGCCGUGGUGGGCAUGCAGCUCUUCGGCAAAAACUACAAGGAGUGUGUCUGCAAGAUCAAUCCGGAGUGUGAGCUACCCCGCUGGCACAUGCACGAUUUCUUCCACUCCUUCCUUAUUGUCUUCCGUGUGUUGUGUGGGGAAUGGAUUGAGACCAUGUGGGAUUGUAUGGAAGUGGCGGGCCAGGCCAUGUGCUUGAUUGUCUUCAUGAUGGUCAUGGUCAUCGGAAAUUUAGUGGUGCUGAACCUCUUCUUGGCCUUGCUCCUGAGCUCCUUCAGCGCCGACAACCUGGCAGCGACAGAUGACGACGGGGAGAUGAACAACCUGCAGAUUUCCGUCAUCCGCAUCAAGAAGGGCAUCGCCUGGACCAAGGCAAAAGUGCGCGAGUUCAUGCAGGCUCAUUUCAAGCAGAGAGAGGCGGAUGAGGUCAAACCCUUGGACGAGCUCUACGACAAGAAGGUGAACUGCAUCGCUAACCACACGGGCGCCGACAUCAACAGAGACAUUGAUUUUCAGAAGAACGGCAACGGCACGACGAGCGGAAUUGGGAGCAGCGUGGAGAAGUACAUCAUAGAUGAAGAUCACAUGUCGUUCAUCAAUAACCCCAAUCUCACCGUCCGGGUGCCUAUUGCUGUAGGUGAAUCGGAUUUUGAAAACCUCAACACGGAAGAUUUCAGCAGUGAUACAGAUCCUGAUGGCAGCAAAGAGAAACUAGAUGACACCAGCUCCUCUGAAGGCAGCACCAUCGAUAUAAAGCCCGAGGUAGAAGAAGUCCCCGUGGAGGCACCGGAGGAGUAUCUGGACCCAGACGCCUGUUUCACAGAAGGUUGCAUGCAGCGCUGCAAGUGCUGCCAGGUGAACAUCGAGGAGGGGCUGGGGAAGUCGUGGUGGACCCUGCGGAAAACGUGUUUCCUGAUCGUGGAGCACAACUGGUUUGAGACGUUCAUCAUCUUCAUGAUCCUCCUGAGCAGCGGCGCCCUGGCUUUUGAGGAUAUUUACAUAGAGCAGAGGAAAACCAUCCGGACUAUCCUGGAGUACGCGGACAAGGUCUUUACGUACAUCUUCAUCCUGGAGAUGCUGCUCAAGUGGUGUGCGUACGGCUUCGUCAAGUUCUUCACCAACGCCUGGUGCUGGCUGGAUUUCCUCAUCGUGGCUGUCUCUUUAGUCAGCCUUAUAGCUAAUGCCCUGGGCUACUCGGAACUAGGUGCCAUAAAGUCCCUUAGGACACUAAGAGCUUUGAGGCCUUUAAGAGCGUUGUCCCGAUUUGAGGGGAUGAGGGUGGUUGUCAACGCCUUGGUUGGCGCUAUCCCUUCCAUUAUGAAUGUGUUGUUGGUCUGCCUUAUCUUCUGGCUGAUUUUCAGCAUUAUGGGGGUUAACCUGUUUGCCGGGAAAUAUCAUUACUGCUUUAAUGAAACAGCUGAGGAGCGCUUUGAAGUAGAAAUUGUUAACAACAAGACAGACUGCGAAGCGCUGAUGCCACCCAACUCCACCGAGAUUCGAUGGAAGAACGUGAAAAUUAACUUUGACAACGUCGGAGCAGGAUAUCUGGCUCUUCUGCAAGUCGCUACGUUCAAGGGCUGGAUGGACAUCAUGUAUGCGGCAGUAGACUCCAGAAAGCAAGAACAGCAGCCCAAGUAUGAGGACAACAUUUACAUGUACAUAUAUUUUGUUAUCUUCAUUAUCUUCGGCUCCUUUUUCACCCUGAACUUGUUCAUUGGCGUCAUCAUCGACAACUUCAAUCAACAAAAGAAAAAGUUUGGAGGUCAAGAUAUUUUCAUGACAGAAGAACAAAAGAAGUACUAUAAUGCCAUGAAAAAACUGGGCUCAAAGAAGCCACAGAAACCUAUUCCCCGACCUCUGAACCGCAUUCAAGGAGCCGUCUUUGACUUUGUGACUCAGCAAGCGUUUGAUAUUGUCAUCAUGAUGCUCAUUUGCCUCAACAUGGUGACCAUGAUGGUGGAGACGGACACGCAAAGCAAGCAGAUGGAGGACAUCCUGUACUGGAUCAACUUCGUGUUUGUCAUCUUCUUCACCUGUGAGUGUGUGCUGAAGAUGUUCGCCUUGCGGCACUAUUAUUUCACCAUCGGGUGGAACAUUUUUGACUUCGUGGUUGUGAUUCUGUCCAUCGUGGGAAUGUUCCUGGCUGAAAUCAUUGAGAAGUAUUUUGUGUCGCCCACUCUCUUCCGAGUCAUCCGACUGGCUCGCAUUGGACGUAUCCUGCGUUUGAUCAAAGGAGCCAAAGGAAUCCGCACCUUGCUUUUUGCCUUAAUGAUGUCCUUGCCUGCCUUGUUCAACAUCGGCCUCUUGCUCUUCUUGGUCAUGUUCAUCUUCUCCAUCUUUGGCAUGUCAAACUUUGCCUACGUCAAGCAUGAGGCUGGCAUAGACGAUAUGUUCAAUUUUGAGACCUUUGGCAACAGCAUGAUCUGCUUGUUCCAGAUCACCACGUCGGCCGGUUGGGACGGCCUGCUGCUGCCCAUCCUGAACCGGCCGCCAGACUGCGACCUGGACAAGGAGCACCCUGGGAGCGGGUUUAAGGGGGAUUGUGGGAACCCUUCGGUGGGGAUAUUUUUCUUUGUGAGUUAUAUCAUCAUCUCCUUCCUCAUCGUGGUCAACAUGUACAUCGCCAUCAUCCUGGAGAACUUCAGCGUGGCGACAGAGGAGAGCGCGGACCCGCUGAGCGAGGACGACUUUGAGACCUUCUACGAGAUCUGGGAGAAGUUUGACCCUGACGCCACCCAGUUCAUAGAGUACAGCAAGCUCGCGGACUUUGCCGAUGCUUUGGAGCAUCCUCUCCGCGUCCCGAAACCCAACACCAUCGAACUCAUCGCCAUGGACCUGCCGAUGGUGAGUGGAGACAGGAUCCACUGUUUGGACAUCCUCUUUGCCUUCACCAAACGUGUCCUGGGGGACAGCGGGGAGCUGGAUAUACUGAGACAACAGAUGGAGGAAAGAUUUGUGGCGUCCAACCCUUCCAAAGUGUCUUAUGAGCCCAUCACGACAACGCUGCGGCGUAAGCAAGAAGAGGUGUCCGCGGUGGUUAUCCAGAGGGCUUACAGGGCUCGUUUAGCUAGGCGAGGCUUUAUUAGCCGUAGGCCCGUCUCCACUAAACUGGAAAACGGAGGAGCGAACAGGGAGAAAAAGGAAGGCACCCCCUCGACCGCGUCCCUCCCGUCCUACGACAGCGUCACCAAACCCGAGAAGGAGAAACAGCAGCGGGCGGAGGAAGGAAGACGAGAAAAGGCGAAAAGGCAAAAAGACGUCAGGGAAUCCAAGUGUUGAGAUAAAAAUCAUAGAGUUGUACAGAUUUAAAAUAUUUGCAAGCGAAAAGAUUGUUUACAGACUCUCAUGAAAUAUAGCGAAGUGCAGAACAGCUGUGGAGACACUUACCUGAAGAUCUUAUACCAAACAUAGUCUGCUUACUGUGUGACAGUGUUGCAUCUAAAGCAGUGACCUUCCACCUGGUGAGAGGACCCUUAAACAAACAUUUAAACACAAAAAUAAGGAAAACCAAGGAUUUUCUAUCGUUUGGGCAGGUGGAUACUGCAUGUUCCACAUCAGUCAAUGCAACUUAGGACAAACACAGCAAAAUAAACCACACACACACACACAAACACACAGAAAACCCGCUGCUGGGAUUCAUAUAUUUUCCAAAGCAGCCAAAAGCGGAUUUUAUUUUCCCAUUUUGUUGAUGAUUCUUGAAAGAAAACGCAGAAGUCACCAAGUUAAAGGGUUUGUUCAUGCAGAACUAGAUUUGCAUUUAGUUAAGCAGCAAAAAAAAAGGAAAAAAAAAAAACAGAAAAAAAAGUUAAAACAAGUAAAACAAACAAAAAAAAGAAACGAACCGCCCAUUUAGCCCACGCCAUUUAAUUCUCAUGGUUUAUUUGAUAUUGAUUAUCCGCAUUCUACUUUCUCCAUGGGCUUUAUUUGGUUGGGGAGAUGGGGUAUCGGGUACCUUCAGCUCGGGCUGAUUCCCCCCCACAAAAGUGCUCGUUCAGUGCAUAGAAGCGAUUUGCAUGCCGGCAUGCGGUGCCAGGCCCAUGCAUGAGGACCAUCCGCCCAACACCCCGACCCGCAGCAGCGCGGGGCCACGAACCCACUGCCCACACCCUAUUGGGAGAGGAACCUCAGCAACAAUCACGCCCUUCACCGGGAUUUCCCAGUUCUUAGUGAUUUUUCAUAGACCCGCCAGUAGGAGGUAAAAGCGACAGCAAAAAGAAACGAGCGGAUUAAAUAAUUGUGUGUGGAUGUUUAGCAACUUGUCUUUCUUUUGUUUUUGCCAUACAACCUUUGCACAUUGAAAUAUAACAGACCUACAUGCUGCUCUGGACCUCAUCCGAGGGGAGGUGAUCAAACCGAGAACGGCACUGUAAAACCAAAAUCUUAGGGCUUAAGUACCACUCAGCAAGUUUAUUUAUAUCCUGCAAUAUUCAUCGUUAAUUAUUCAGCCUCCAUCCUGCAGCAUAGACACGUUUCUUUUGAUUUUUAGAGAUAAGUGCUAAAAAAUGUAGCGUCUUAUCUCCACUUAUACCCAAAGCAAUCCCUGUCGCGGGGACGGGGACGUGACCGGCGGCGCCGGGUUGUCCCGAGUCCAGCGGGAUUCCCGUUGAGCCACGGGGUGGUUUCACCAAGACCCUCGCCCCUUCCUCCCUCGGUACCAGUUUUUGCAGCUCUGCGCUUCGCCGCUGGUGGGUUCUAUCGCCGAGGGCUCUGCCCAAGCGCCAGCGCAGGGUGAAGAGCCGCCUCUCAGGUGCCUUCACUUCUUUCCCCCCAUUUCUUACAUCUGUCAUAGCGCGGUGACCAAACCGGCCCCGCGGGUUGGGUAGGAAUCGGAGCUACCUCUUGCCAAGUCUCGCUGCGGCGGUAACUAAUGCCACAAAAACAUCGCGAGCCGAGUCCAACCGUCAAUGUUCCUCAGUGACCAGGCUCGGGCAUCCCCAGAUCCUCUUUGUGGUGAGUUAAACCACCUCGCGGCCGCUGCUCUGGUUGAGAUGGUUGAGCAGGGCCAGCGCGGGGCUUCUUCAGCCGGGCCUGUUGCGAUGGGACAAGGGGUUUAAACGAAAAGAGGGAGAUUGAGGCUGGACAUGAGGGAGGAAUUUUUUAUACUGAGGGUGGUGAGACACAGUGUGACAUCCCAUCACAUCAUCGCGGCCUUUCUGGACUUAAACGCGGCCUAAAGAAAGAUGGGGAUAGACUUUUGAGCAGGCCCUGUUGUGAUAGGACAAAGGGUGAUGGUUUUAAGCUAAAAGAGAGGAGAUUCAGGCUGGAUAAAAGGCAAUUGUUGUCCCUGAGGGUGGUGAGAGCCUGGCCCAGGUUGGCCAGAGAGGUGGUAGAUGAACCAUCCCUGGAGACAUCCCAGGCCAGGCUGGACGGGGCUCUGAGCACCCUGAGCUGCUGAAGAUGUCCCUGCUCAUGGCAUUAGGUGACAUUUGAAGGUCCCUUCAACCCAAACCCUCCUGUGACUCCAUGAUUCCCAAGGGCACGAGGGGGGUUGGAAGGAGAUCGAGGGGGUCGCUGCUGCCGCCCGGCCCGGGGGGCGCAGGGGUUGAGCGUUGGGACGCAAACCGAGUUACGGGUACCCAGAACAGCAGGAAAUAAACCCAACGGCAGGAUGAACCUCCGCCCGCAUAACUCCCAACCCAGCAAACGCUUCGAAAUGAAUUAUACACACACAGAGCAGGAAGCCAUCGAGCCAUCUGUGCCACAUUGGCGGCCCGGCCAUCGCCACGCCGGAACCUUUCCUGUCCCGCCAGCUCCCGCCCCACGCGCUCCUAGGAUAGGAUGUAUAAUAGCAAAGGGAAACGACAUCCAUAUGUACAGGCUACACUGUAAACAGCACAAAGAAACAGAGAAACAGCUGAAAAGUGUGGUUGAACUUUUUAAGAGAAUAUUAUAAAUACUGUAAUAUAUCAUUUUAUUUUAUCGGCAUGCCUUUUUGUAAAUACAAAGAACUAUCAAAUAAUAGAAUGGCUUCUGGCUUAUGCCAUUGUCCAUGUUUAUUUUUAUUUUUUUAAUAUUUUUUCUGUUUUCCUUAGAUAGCCAGGAAAUGCCCCCCAAAGAUUCAAAAUAAAUCAGCGUUACCCCUUAAACUCAGUUCUGAUAAAAGCUUUAUCGCAAAUGUAUUUUGCAACAGCAAAAUAUCUAUUUGUGGGGUUCCAAUGUGCAAUAAGUCGAGCACUUCUAUGCAAGAUUGGGCUAAACUUCAUCAUUGUUCUUAAGCUGGGCCCAAAGCCAACGCAUAGGCGGGAUUUCUGGCCUGCACUUGGGGUUGUGGGAAUCACUUGAAGGUGUCAGAUGAUGACAAGUGGCUCUUCCCAUCCCGCUCAUGAAAUCCCCCCGUUUGGGCUGGUUUGGGAUCCUGUUCUUCCGAGAGCGGUUGGGAGGGUGAUAAACACCAGUUCAAGCUGCUUUAUCCACUUGUCCGCCUCUUUUUAAACUAUAGAAGCCAAUGUUGAACAGAAAUGGAAAUAAACCCGUGAUGUUCCAUAGAGGCCACACCCGAGUUCCAAUUAUUUAAUUUUCCGCCGAAAAAUAAUGAUGUUAAAGCUGUAAAAGAUCAAUAGUGAAGAUUAGUGUAUUAGACAUUGCAUGGUGGCUCAUAACGGUCUUACCCAACAUGAUUAACAAUUAAUUACGUUACUAUAAGCCAAAAGAGAAUCAAAUAAAUGUUACCCUUUUCACUGAACAAGGUAA